CUUGUUUUUUUUCAAAUGCCAUUAGUAAUAGGAGAACAUGUGAACUUAGAGGGAGAAGCGGAUUUGAGUCAUUACCAGGAAGGAGAAUCAGUUGUUAGAUGUGAGGAGCAGACGGGAGGAGGGGCAGUGGGUGUUGGGUGGGGGCAGCCCGGCCCCGGCACAGUGUUAUCCCUGCUGUCCCUCGGUUUGUGGUGCAGCAACAGGCUCUCCUAUACCCUUGCACUUCUCUCUUCCUGCGGGGUGUCAUCAGGUAGACAGUUAACCUUCCCACGCCAGCAGACAGACAUGAGUGGUGUGGUGUUGGUGGUUGGCUCAGGAGGUCGGGAGCAUGCCCUCACCCUGGCCCUGGCUUCCUGCCCUGCUGUGACCUCUGUGCUGGUGACCCCAGGCAAUGCUGGGACCCUCGCCGCCCCUAAGGCCUCCCACAUCACCCUGCCUCUCAAGGACCACCAGGCGGUGGCAGCAGCAUGUGUGGAGCACGGUGUGAGUCUGGUGGUGGUGGGGCCUGAGGAUCCUUUGGCACAAGGGCUGGCCAACUCCCUCACUGCAGCAGGCAUCAAGGUAUUUGGCCCCACCAAGGAGGCAGCAAGGAUAGAGGCUGACAAGUCUUGGGCCAAAUCCUUCAUGAACAGACACAGCAUCCCCACUGCUGCUCACCAAACCUUUAUCACCACUCAGGAAGCCAAGACAUUCAUCAACAAGCAGCAGUGGGCAGGGUUUGCUGUCAAGGCUUCAGGGUUGUCAGCAGGGAAGGGCGUCAUCGUGGCAGACACAGCAGCUGAUGCCUGUCAAGCCGUGGACACCAUCAGUAGUAGCUUCGGGGAGGCAGGCCAGACCAUUGUGGUUGAGGAGAAGCUGGUGGGAGAGGAGAUAUCAGUGUUGUGCUUCACAGAUGGUGUUGAUGCUGCUGUGAUGCCGCCAGCACAGGACCACAAGCGACUUGGGGAUGGCGACCAGGGCCCUAACACAGGGGGCAUGGGAGCCUACUGCCCCUGCCCCCUCGCCUCACAGCAGGACCUGGACAUCAUAAAGAAGGAUGUCCUGCAGAAGGCUGUGGAUGGACUUAGGAAGGAAGGGACACCUUUUGUGGGUGUGCUGUAUGCUGGCCUGAUGCUCACUGUGGAUGGGCCCAAGGUGCUGGAGUUCAACUGUCGCUUUGGAGAUCCUGAGACUCAGGUGCUGCUGCCUCUGCUGGAAGGGGACCUGUAUGACAUCAUGAUGGCAUGUGUGGAGGGCCGCCUUGGUAAGGUGGCCGUCCCCUUCAGCCAGGACAAGAGCUGUGUCGGGGUGUGUGUUGUCAGUGGAGGCUACCCAGGCAGCUAUCCAAAGGGCAAAACCAUAACAGGUGUGGAUGAGGUGUCAGGAGAGGCUGGGGUGCAGGUGAUCCACGCCGGCACCAAGAGGGAGGGCAGCUCACUGGUCACCUCAGGCGGCCGUGUGCUGGCAGUGGUGGUGACAGGGGCAGCUCUGAGGGACACUGCUGACAGGGCCACACAGCUGGCAGGACGCAUCACCUUUGAGGGCGCCACCUUCAGGAGGGACAUUGCUGCCCGGGCCACUAAGGUCACCUCUAGGUUUGGUGGUGGCGGAGUCACUUACAAGGACAGUGGGGUCGACAUCAACGCUGGGAAUGAGUUUGUGGCAGCCAUCAAGGAAGCUGCUGGUGCCACAGCCUGCCCCGGGGUGAUGGGUAGCCUGGGGUCCUUUGGCGGGCUCUUUGAUCUCCGGCAGACUGGCUUCAGGGAUCCCAUUCUGGUGUCCGGCACUGAUGGUGUCGGUACCAAGCUGAAGGUGGCCCAGGCAGCAGGGAUGCAUGACACAGUGGGCCAAGACCUGGUGGCCAUGUGUGUCAAUGACGUGCUGGUCCACGGUGCCCGGCCACUCUUCUUCUUGGACUACUACUCCACGGGGCGCCUGGAGGGGCAGGUGGCAGCCAGUGUGGUGAAGGGCGUGGCUCGAGCAUGUUCCCUUGCUGGCUGUGCACUCAUUGGUGGUGAGACAGCGGAGAUGCCCGGAAUGUAUGCUGGAGGGGAGUAUGACCUGGCAGGCUUCACAGUGGGAGCUGUGGAGAGAGGCAACAUGCUGCCCCGCACCGAGGAGGUGGCUGAGGGGGACGUAUUGGUGGGCCUGCCUUCCUCCGGCCUGCAUAGCAAUGGGUUCAGUCUGGUGCGCAGGAUUAUAGAGGCUCAGGACCUGCAGUACAGCGACCCAGCUCCCUUCAACCCCGACAACACACUUGGUGCUGAACUGCUCACCCCCACCAGGAUCUACUGCAGGAGUCUGGCUAAGGUGCUGGAGGACGGCUUGGUCAAGGCCGCCGCACACAUCACUGGGGGUGGACUGCUAGAGAACUUGCCAAGGGUCCUACCAAGCCAGCUGAGUGCACAUCUGCAGGCAUCACAGUGGCCCCUGCACCCCGUGUUUGGCUGGCUUGCAGCACACGGUGUGUGCAGCGAGGAGAUGGCCCGCACCUUCAACUGUGGCCUGGGCAUGGUGCUGGUAGUGGCCGCAGACAAGGUCAUGGAGGUCAUCAGUCUCAUCCCAGGUGGAGAGGCUCGACAGGUGGGCCAACUUGUGCCCCGGAAGGAAGGGAUGCCACAGGUGGUAGUGGAGGAGCUGGAGCAGAUACUGAGUGCUGCAGCUGCACCAUUGCUGAUUCAGUGCCCCUCUCUCACCACUCCACGGAGGAGGGUGGCAGUGCUCAUCUCUGGCACAGGAACCAACCUACAGGCACUGCUGGAUCACACCAAGGGAGGCCUGAGUGGUGCCGAGGUGGUGGUGGUGGUGAGCAAUGUGGCUGGAGUGAAGGGCCUGCAGAGGGCACAGGAGGCAGGGGUUACCACCAAGGUGGUUCCUCACAAGAACUACAAGAGCCGUGAGGAGUUUGAGGCAGCAGUGAAUGCUGAGCUGCAGGCUGCCAGAGCCGAACUGAUCUGUCUGGCUGGCUUUAUGCGCAUCCUGACCGGCUCCUUUGUGCGGGCAUGGCGUGGCCGCCUGCUCAACAUCCACCCUUCACUGCUGCCAGCCUUCAAGGGGAUGCAUGCCCAGCGGCAGGCACUCCAGGCCGGUGUCACUCUCACCGGAUGCACUGUCCACUUUGUCUCGGAGGAGGUGGACUGUGGAGCAAUAGUAACACAGGAGGCAGUGCCUGUCCUACCCGGGGAUACAGAGGAGGCCCUGGUGGAGCGCAUCAAGACAGCAGAGCACCGCGCGUAUCCCAGAGCGAUGGAGUUGGUGGCCCGUGGCAAGGUGGUGUUGAGGGAGGACGGUACGUGUAUCAGGUCAUAGCGCGUCACACAAGCCUGGAAUGAUGCUGCUUCUUAGUGGAUGACAGUGGCACGGUGGUGUUGAGGGAGGACAGCACAUGUAUCAGGUCUUAGCAGGUCACACAAGCCUGGAAUGAUGCCAAUCCUUAGUGGAUGAUGAAGGGUUUAUAAACCUAAACCAAAGCAAUUUCCUUAAGUUCAAAAACCAAAACAGGAAGAUUAAGUUAAUUUGAAUUGAAUUGAUAAUCACAAGUGUGGAUCGAUCUUUCAUCCAAGGGCUCAGGAAUCCACAGAACUAAAGAUAAAUAUUUAAUUUAACCAAUGAUAUUUUACUUUGACAGCUGAUCUUCACAAGUAAUUAUUCACAUUUAUAUAAAGUUAACUAACUGAUUAGUUGAGGAAUUUUUCAUGCGAUUUGUGUGAAGAAUCUGAAUUAUGAUUGAUUCCAAAGUAAAAUUAUUACUAGAAAUUUGUUCCACAUUGAAAAUUCUAUUGAUACAUGGACUGUUAAUGCUAUCUAAGUGUUACAUGACAUGUAUUAUUAACUUUACUGCCUCAGUAAAGACACUGCUCAAGUAAAUAAGAAUUUGUUAUGCAGUACAAACAAUUGUUAAUAAAACUGAUGGGUUGA